CACAAGAGAUCCCAGAGGGGAGCUGGGGGAGCGUUCGUUUUCAGUUCUGUUGUUUCUGAGCGCUUUAUUAGCGAAAUGUAAGCCUAACCUCCAGACAGGAUGGUACUUUGAUCCUCGUUUAACAUCGGAUCCUUCGUCGACAGGAGCCGCCGAGUUUUUGUAAAGCACCAUGUCUGAGCCAGGCUCGGACCUGGAGCUGAGCACAGACUCGGAUGCAGGCUACGAGGACUACUACAACUACCCAGAGGACGGAGAGAUAGACCAGCAAGACCAGCGGAAACUCGACCCGGAGUACUUUGAGUUUGAGUGCCUGACCAUCGAAGACGUCGAGCGUCUGCUCAACGAGUCCGUCGAAGUCAUCUGUGCCAGCCUGAGUGUGAUGCCCUCCCUCGCCAAAGUCUUGCUACACACGCACAACUGGAAUGCGCAAGAGAUGAUCCAGAAGUACAAGCAGAACGCAGCACAAGCACUCGCCGAUGCCCGGAUCAAGCCACUUCGACCACCGGCGAUAGAUAUGCAGACGAUCCGCAACAGUCCGUCUGUCCAGUGCCCCAUCUGCCUCCAGAAUUCUCCUGGGGACCGCUUUAGGGGUCUGGCCUGCGGUCACUACUUCUGCCCUGACUGCUGGGCCAUGCACUUCGAGAUACAGAUCCUCCAGGGCAUAUCCACCGCAAUAGAAUGCAUGGGCCAGUACUGCAAUAUCCUGGUUCCGGAGGACUUCGUCCUCAGCAUGCUGAACAAAUCGUCGCUGAGGGAGAAGUACCAGCAGUUUAUGUUCUCGGACUACGUUCGGGUAUAUCAAGCUUGCCUUCAAUCUUGCCUUACCCAACAAAACGGAACUGUAACGCAACUUUCUCUUGUCCAGAGCCAUCCAGAGCUGCGGUUUUGUCCCGGCCUCAACUGCAACAUUAUUAUCCAAGCCAAAGAGCAGAAGAGCAAGAGGGUCAUCUGCAAGCACUGCAAGACUACCUUUUGCUUCCGGUGCGGUACAGACUACCAUGCUCCGGCGGACUGCGAGACUAUCAAGAAAUGGAUCACCAAGUGUGCCGACGACUCAGAGACUGCCAACUAUAUCUCCGCUCAUACGAAAGAUUGCCCCAAGUGCCACAUUUGUAUAGAAAAGAACGGAGGGUGCAAUCACAUGCAAUGCUACAGCUGUAAAUAUGACUUCUGCUGGAUGUGCCUGGGAGAUUGGAAGACCCACGGUAGUGAAUACUACGAGUGCAGCCGAUACAAGGAGAACCCCAACAUUGCCAACGAGUCUGCCCACGCCCAGGCGAGGGAAGCGCUGAAAAAGUACCUCUUCUACUUUGAGCGAUGGGAGAACCACGCCAAGAGCCUGCGACUGGAGGAGAUGACGCUGCGCAAGAUCAAGAACCGCAUCAACGAGAAGGUGAUGGCCAACCAAGGGACAUGGAUCGAUUGGCAGUACCUGCUUGACGCGGUGGCCCUCUUGGCCAAGUGCCGCUAUAGCCUCCAGUACACAUAUCCCUAUGCCUACUUCAUGGACCCUGGUCCCAGGAAAGAGCUGUUUGAGUACCAGCAGGCAACGCUGGAAGCGGAGAUUGAGAAUCUCUCCUGGAAGGUGGAGCGGGCGGAGACGACGGACCGGGGGGACCUCGAAAACCAGAUGGACAUUGCGGAAAAACGCCGUUCCAUCCUUCUCAAGGACUUUUUGGUCGUCUAGCAGGGGCAUUUCUAGUCUUUAUUAACGAAAAGAGAAGGGGAAAAAAAGCAAUCCCACUAGUUACCGCACUAGGUUGCUCGCGCUACGGGGGGGCCGACAAGGGCCGCGAAAAUCGCGAGGCUCGUUGGUCGAGUUGAGGUUUGGUACGACAGCCGCAUAAAUCUAUCUCUCUUCAAGGUCGGCUCUGAAAGUGAUUGCAGAGAGAGGGUAAUCUUAAUUUCAUUGCGCGUCGGGUUCGUCGUACAAGAGCGUUCCCAGUCCCAAGUGUCAAGUACAAGUCUGAAGAAGUGACGACAGCAGCCGCCACAGCAAAGUAGCCGACGCUCCGAACGGCGUAGGUUCACCAUGCCGAUCGUUGGCCAACUUUAAACGCGGAUGCGAGUGAAAGGUAUCAAAGACGAUUCGACCGCGCUCACGCGGCCGCAUCUUUUGUCGGACUUGCUUGUGUUUGUCGCCCAACAGUUGGUCCGGUGGAGCUGUUCUCGGCGUCGACCAUUUCGCGCUACGUUGUCGAGGCUGACGCAGCUUCCGCACUACUCCAACUCUGCGAAGGCAGGUUGCACAAGCAUAUGGCAAUGAAAAGCGAGACUAUGGCGCCUGGAGCGUGUAUCCAGCUGACGUGUGUACCGCGUCCUAAAAAGUAGCGAUUUCCGCCAGACGACGUCACAAGCGUCGUGUUGUUGCGGGCUGCGAUGUCAGCGGCGUCACAGUGGCGUCUCAUGGGGCAGAUGCCUGUUUUGUUACAGGACGCUCUUCAGCUCGACAGUUUCUGAAAAUUUAAGCAGCCAAGGUCGCUACGUGCGACAACAUAACACGACCGCUUCCGCAACAUUGUUUGUUGCUACUUUGAGACCGCUUUCGGUGUGUGGGCUGCUAAGCACACCGGACGAAGACGCGUUUCGGACACCUUAGCAAGACGAAGCCGUGUGGUCUCGUGGCUGCAGCACUGCAGAAGCUAUGCCAGCUUCGACAAAGUAGCGGAAGGUAGUCUACGCCGAGUAUACUGCGGGUGAUGCGAGCCACCGAUGCGAAUUUUGGGCGUUGGCGUGUAGCACCGCUUGGAAUUUUCACGAGACGGGUGCACAGUCUUUUUGUAUUCUAGAACUGAUUGCGGAGGUGUGAUUGUCUGCCACGCUGUCGUUUUUUUCCCAUGUUGAAGUGUUGCGAAUUGAGGAAGAAAAUCUAAACGGACGUGUCAAAAAUGUUGCGGGGUGGGGCAAGGGCGUUUUCUCCUCACGACGAAAUAAUGAAAGAAAAAAUGUCUGGAGAUCUCGUAUCGUGUUUUUGUACAGUUCUGCGUACUAGGUGAUUACACUGAAAUAAAGUGGCUCUUGUACAGAA